AUGUCAGCCCUCGAGGACUGCAAGAUGGAACCUCCCGUUCGGAUCAUUCUACAAUUCCAGCCUGACAUACAAAAAGGCUCUGAGAGCAAGCUUCGAGCCAGCAUCCACACAGUUGUAAAAGCUUUCUUUGACCAGACGAAGCCACAAAAGUUGAAUUGUGAAUGCACCCAUGUUCAUUUGCCAGUCACUGGGGAUAUCUUCGGGAGCCGGGUGAUUGUUGAUGCCUGUACUGGCAAAAUUCCAGCUGGCUCUGCUUCUGAAUCUAUUCCUCUCGCGAUUUACAUUGUCUCUCAAAAGAAUGGGGGCUUAUCCUUCGAGAAGGCGAAAGCUUCAUCUUUUAUUGUUGAAAGAAUACGUUCAGAGACAGACAGAAUCCCCUGGAAAGCACAGAUAUUUAUUCAGCAACCGAUCAACGCUGUGACCCGCAAAUCAAACGAAUUGCUCGCGACGAGCCAGCUCGAGCGCGAUGCCAGGCGCAAAGGUGGCCAAGGGGGCCAGUCGCUUCAGCGAUUAGAAAUGGCGAUCGAAGCCAAACUGCGCCUAAACAUUGCGGGCACGGAUCCCGGCCGCGAGGCAGCGAUCCAGCCCGAGCCGGCAAUUCAUGACACCCCUGUCAGCCACAUACCACUUUCAGAUCUCCCCAUUCGUCUUUUGGAGCGCCCGAUUCGCGUCUUCUUGCUGGCCCCGACCGAUGAUACUGUCGGGGAUCUCCGAAAGCGAAGCACAAUGGCUGUGAAGACCUUCUUAAAAUGCAUGAUGGGCGACGAGUAUCAAAGGACAAAGACAGCCUACCUCGUGCGCGCCAUGAGCAUCAUUGUGCAGAAUAAACAGGAGACUUGGAUGUUAAUAGACUACUGGAUCGGACUGUCAAAAGGGACUAGGAAUCCACCACUUUUGACGAUGGCUUAUCGAGGCAUCCUACAUGAUGGGCAAAUGAAAUUUCAGCCGACCGAGGUGGAUAAAGCUAACCACUCCAUGUUCUUGACUAAGUUCAGGUUCGCAAUGAAGGGUACCGCGAUCACCAUCGAGGGCACAGAGCCAACAGCACGCAAGGCUACUUCUACCGAAGCCGAAUUGACCCAGACACCCCCUACAACACUAAAAAGUGGAUUUUCGGAUAACAUGCCGACGGGCGAUUGGGUACUACCAAUUUGUGAGGCCGGUAGUGGAUUGUCGAGUUGGGAGUUUAUUACCCCAGAGUGA